UCCGUGUGUGAGCCAGAGCCGGGUUCUCUUCAGGUUCUCUGUAGGUUCUCUGUCUGAGCUGUAGUUUGUAGGAACCCUUAACCGUCGUUUUUUUAACCGUCAGUUACCCCAGCUCUGGUCUGGUGUGCGGGUCAGUUCAGCUGUAGAUCACUGUUCGACUCUCAGAGCUGUGAGGUUUGAGCUGCUCUGCUUCACUGAGCUCCUCAGCCCUGAGCUCAUGUCCGAGCUCUGUACACAAACUGCACCUCCGUGCUCCUUCUGAGUCUCUGGAGCUGCUGCUCUUCACUCCGUCUUCGAGAUGAACGAGAAGCUCUGCAGUUCUGUGGCGCAGCAGAUGAUCCUGACUGAGGACUCCGUGUCUGACCUGAUGGAGCUGCUCAGUGUUGAUGUGGAACUGAGCUCCAGUGCAGCAGACAGAGAGGAAACCUUGUGCUCUAAAAAUGUCAUGAGAAAGCAGCGGAACUGGGAGAGGAGGUUAGAGGCAAAGAGACGCAAAAGGAAAGAGGAAAAACAGAGGAGGAAGCAGAGCCAGCAAGAAAAAGAUUUUGUGCCUCAGUUCAGUAAACGUGUCGUCAAGGCGAUCACCAAAGAGCGUCUAGAGGAGGCUAGAACAACUGGACCAAGACUGUGCGUGGAUCUGAGCAUGACUGACUGCAUGUCACACAAAGAGAUCAGUCGUCUUGCAUGUCAGAUAAGACGACUCUAUGGGUCCAAUAAGAAAACCCAGCAGCCUUUCCACCUCUUCUUGACGGACAUGAAAAAGGACGGUCUACUCUACAGAGAAUGCAUCAGAAUGAAUGCCGGAUUUCUGAACUACUUGAUUGAUGUCACGGAAGACAGCUGGAUAGAGCUCUUUCCCUCUGAAGACAUAAUUUACUUAACUCCAGAUGCAAGUGAAGCUUUAGAACAAGUCGAUGAUGACAAAGUCUACAUUCUUGGAGGUCUUGUGGAUGAGAGCAUUCAGAAGAAAAUAAGCUACACAAGGGCUAAAGAGCUUGGUGUGCAGAUGGCAAGGCUGCCCAUUGAUGAGUAUAUGGUGAAGAAACCCAACUCAAAGAACUUUUACUCAAAAAUUUUGGCCAUCAACCAAGUGUUUGAAAUCCUGCUGACGUAUCGUGAUACCGGAAGUUGGACCACAGCCCUCAGUGCUGGUAUUCCAGUAGGGAAAGGAUAUGUGGCUUCUUCUGAAGCCCUGCCAGAGGGACCACGAUGACCGGAGAUGUCAAUAAACAGACACCAUGAGAAACAAACACCAAGUUAUGUAGAAGUCUCGUGGACCUUGAACCACUGAGGAUCUAGCAAAUGUUGUGCACCAAAAACAAGCAUUGAUUUGGCUGCUUGAGUUCUUUAGCAGGGUUCAUGUGGAUGGCACAAGAAUGAUUACAAAGUGCCGAAGUAAUAUCUGUCAUGGACACUGAACAUCAAUCAACACACAAUCAUCUCAGGGACAGUUUGAUCUGAACAGAGUAAUCGGUUCAUGUAUAAUCAGCUACGGCUGAUUUACUGUUUGCACAACUCGCUUCAUAGCUGCAAUUUGAAACCACAAUAACCUUUGGUAAACAAAAUCGUUUAUUCGAUUGAGAUUAUGUUUUUAAAACACCUUUUCAUUUAGUUUUACUAUGAUUCUGCUACACUGAUGGUUUUCAGAGACUUGUCAUGUAAAAUAAAUGUCUUUAUUUUAA